CUCUCGCCACCAUCAUCCCCGCCUCUUCGCAUUCUCGACGUCUACGCAUCGGCUCAGUAUCGUCCCUGCAGCCGGUCUCUCGCUCUCCUCUCUCUCUCUCUCUCUCUCUUCUCGCCUUCCCCCACGCUCGUGCGCCCCUCGCCACGCCCCCCAGCCUCUUCGCGAGUGGCACACGACACUUGGCGUGCCUCCCUUGCUGCCACGCAACGAUGCCCGAGCUCGAGGCGCCCUCAGCUCCCCCAGCGGCGCCCACUGCGCCGCGUGCCGUGCGCGGCGAGCGCCGGCGUGGACGUGGCCACAGCAGCCGCGGCGGGCGUGGCGCUGCCUCGGCCUCCUCUGGCGCCGGCGGCGGCGGCGGCGGCGGCGCGCAGCGCUCCGCCAGCGGCGCACUCGAUGCCGCCGCCGAGCCCUUUGCGCCUUCUGCUUCACGCGGCGGCGGCGGCGGCGCGCGUGGGCGAGGCAGUGCGAGAGGUGCCGGCCGAGGCGGAGGAGGACGAGGCGCCAGCCGGAAGCCUCGCGGCGGCGGCGGCAGCGGCAGAGGCGGCCACGGCAGCAGCAGCGAGGCAGCAGGCCAACAUGCGCCAACAGCAGUGCUGGCCAACGGGCAUGGCGAGAGCAGCAGCAGCGGCGGCGGCACAGCGCAGCACCUCGCCUCCUCGGCGGCGGCCAGUACGACUGCUGCUGCUGCUGGAGGCCGCCGGCGCAAGUUCGGCGGCAAGAUUACCGGCGGCGAGGCCUCUGCCUCUGCCUCUGCCUCUGCCUCUGCGUGCGCCUCUGCCGCCGGCGCUGCUGCUGGUGCUGCUGCUUCGACGAUGCCGCCGGCGCCUGCCGUUGUGCCGACCGAGUACGCCGACCUGCGCUCGCGCCUCGUGGCCGAGCUCGGCUCGGGCGGGUACGACUGCAGCAUCUGCUACAGCACCAUUACGACGAAGCAGGCCGUGUGGUCGUGCACGUCGUGCUUCUGCGUCUUGCAUCUCUCCUGCGCGCGUACUUGGGCAAAGGCCAGCGUCGAGAAGGCAGAGGAUCAGAACCGCAUGCAGGAGGACGCGGCGAUGCGCGCGCGCAAGGGCACGUGGCGCUGUCCCGGCUGCCAGUACGCGCGCGCAACCGUGCCGGCGACGUACAUGUGCUGGGAUGCGCAGGUGCAGCAGCCCAAUGCCGGCAAAGGCGCGCCGCCGCAUUCGUGUGGCCGCCCGUGUGCGCGCGCAAGGUGCGCGCAUGGAUGUGCGGCAGGCAUGUGUCAUCCCGGUCCCUGCCCGCCCUGUCCCGUCUCGAUCAACCACCGCUGCUUCUGCGGUCGCAAAGAGAUUGCAGUGAGGUGCUCGCAGCUCAGCAACAAGGCCUCCUCCUCCUCCUCCUCCUCCUCCACUCUCUCUUCCACGCUCGCCACCGAGCGCGGCAUCUCGUGCGGCGAGGCGUGCCACAAGGCGCUGGCGUGCGGCGCGCAUGUCUGCUCGCGCCCGUGCCAUGCGGGGCCGUGCGAGGCGUGCGGCGAGCGCCUCGAGGCUCGCUGCUACUGUGGCAGAGAGACGCGCGAGAUGCGAUGCGGAGACGGAGCGCCGAGGAGCAGUGAGACAGAGGCAAAGGAGUGGCUUGGACGAUGGUCGUGUGAUCGAGUAUGCGACAAGAAAUUCGACUGCGGAAAGCAUAGCUGCAAGCAAGCAUGCCACCCUCUCUCCAGGCAGCCGAAGCAAUGUCCCUUCUCGCCCGCCCAAGUCACGACAUGUCCCUGCGGCGCCACACCCGUCGAGGGGCGUACCUCCUGCGAGGAUGCAGUGCCGACGUGCGCGCGCACCUGCUCCCGUCUGCAUCCCGGCUGCGGGCAUGCCUGUCGCGAGGCAUGUCAUCACGGCCCCUGUGCGCCGUGCGCCGUGCCCACCACGUCGCCGUGUCGCUGCGGCGAGACCAAGCAGACACUGCCGUGCUGCGUGCGGCAGCGCGAGAGCCAGGGCGCCGAGGAGGAGGUUCUGUGCCAGACUCUGUGUCGCGCACUGAGACAUUGCGGCAAACACGAGUGUCGGCGCGUUUGCUGCCCACUCUACUUCCAAGCCAAGUCCAAGGCCAAACGCCGCCCCACCGCCGCCGAGCUGGAAGAGCAAGAUCCGGCGCAUCUGCACGCCUGCGACGUGCCGUGCCAAAAGCCGCUCUCGUGCGGCCUGCACAAGUGUCCCGUCGGCUGUCAUCGCGGGCCGUGUGCGCCGUGUCUGCUGGCCUCCUUCGAGGAGAUGAGCUGCCACUGCGGCAAGACGGUGCUGGAGCCGCCCGUGCCGUGCGGCACGCAGAUACAGUGCAACUUCCCAUGCACGCGCCCCUCGACUUGCCAGUAUGGACAUCCGAAACAGCAGCACAACUGCCACGAGGAAGAGCCGUGUCCUCCGUGUGUCUACCUAGUCGAGAAGCCCUGUCAGUGCGCAAAGCACAAUCUCGUGCAAAACGUGCCGUGCCAUCGGCAGCGCGUCACAUGCGGCGCCGUGUGUGGCGCGACGCUCGGCUGCGGCUACCAUCGCUGUGGCGCCACUUGCCACGCGCCGGGCGAGUGUGCGCCGUGCACGCAGCCAUGCGGCAAGCCUCGGCCGCGCUGUGGCCACCCUUGCACGCAGCCUUGCCAUGCUCCUGCAGCCUGCCCAGAGACGGAGCCGUGUGUGGCAAACGUGACGCUCGAGUGUGCCUGCGGCAAUCUGCAGCAGCGCGCGCGCUGUGGCGCCUCGCUGCACUCGCAGGCGAGCGAGCGCAAGCUGCGCUGCACCGACGCAUGCGCCCUCGCGGCGCGCAAUGCCAGCCUGGCCGUGGCGCUCGGGCUGAACCCGAGCGACCGGGCCGUGCGCGUCGAGUAUGAGCCGUGGAUGAUCGAGUACUGCGUCGAGAACAAGAGGCUCGUCGCCGAGCUCGAGGGCAUCUACACCGACCUCAUCCGCAGCUCGCGCCACGGCAUUGUGCUGCCGCCGUCUGGACGCACACAGCGCGAGUUCGAGCAGGCGCUGGCGAAGAUGUACAAUUUGGGCAGCGAGUCACUCGACGGCCGCUCCGUCUCUCUGCGCCGGCAGCAGUUCAGCAAGAUUCCCUCGCCAACACUGCAGGAGGCCGCCAGCAGCGCAACUCGCUCCUCGACACGCACGACGGCGCUGGGCCAGCUGCGGCGCGCCGAGGCGCUUGCGCCGCAAGCGCCGCUCAACGCCCUGCUGCUCGAGCGCGUCUUUGGGCACGAUGCGGCGUCGCUGCAGACGCUGCUGCAGCGCAGCAUCCACGUGCCCUUCACGCUGCGCUGGCUCGGCGACGAGGACGUGCUGAUCUCUGCCGCCGACACGGCGCGCCUGCUCGCCUGUGGCGCAAGCGUCAAGCUCCUGGCGCGCGCCGAGCACUGUGCCGCGCACGUCGUCGCCGUCUCGCUCGACUCGGUCACGAAGCGCAUCCUGCGCCGCGAGGAUGCCUCGGCCAAGUCAGUGCCGGGCGCCCAGAGUCUCUCGCGAGGCACGUCGAGCUCCGGCACCACCACGCCCACCUCGCGCCCCGGCGGCUGGGCGGCCGCGGCUUCCGGCGCCGCCGCCGCCGCGGCUCCCGCGCCGGCGCGCCCGAGCGCCUGGGGCGCCCCGGCGCGCACAGCGACCGUGCUGCGCCAGCCCAACGGCACGGCCGCCUCCGUCGUGCACAUCCCCGCCGUGCCGGCGCCGGCGGUGCCCGACGACUGGCAGGAAGAGUAGAAGGGCUAGCUGGCUAGCUAGAAGAAGCGACAAAUGCGAUUCUAGUUGCAGAGUGGCAAGUCAUCAGCGGGCCUGCCACGUGAUGCUGCCGUCGUCGAGAGGAGAAGAGAGGGACGAGGGGGGCCGACUCAGCGCCCGCGCGAGAGGUA